CAGAAGAAGACGGCUGUGUCUAUCCGGAGUUCCCGACAGAAGUUUAAUGUAUACGAUAAAACAGUUACUGUAUAUAGAUUAACAUCAAAUAGAGCAACGAUUGGCUGAAAUAUUCGACUUUUGGAAAACCCACGAAACGGAAACUGACUUAGAAGCCUUGGAGUGCUAUAUGAAGUGAAGAUUGAGGACGUGAUAGAAGAUGAACCACUGCUAUGCUAAGAUGGCGACGUCCAGUCAAAGAGAAGGCGGAAGAGAAUCAGCGCCACCAACUCCCAUCAAAUCAUCAAUGGAGAAAAAGCCCCAAACUGCAGAUAACGACAUGCAGCAGCUAAUUGGUUGUCAAGAAGAAUGUUCCCCUCAGCUGCAGGGGACGAGCUCCACUUUGAAACAGGGGGAUCCACAGCCCCCCCAUGUUAAAAAGGAAGAGGAGGAACUCUGGACCGCUCAGGAGAGGGAGUAUCUUCCAGGACAGGAGGAGGCUGACCUCACCAAGUUACCACUAACUGCUGUCUCUGUGAAGACUGAAGACCAUGAAGACAAACCACCUGACUCCUCACGUUGGUUGUGUCCUGCAGAUGUCCAGCAGCUGGUUGGUCAUCCAGAAGAAUGUCCCCCAGAGCCACAGGGAUUGAGCUCCACUUUGAAGCAGGCGGACUCACAGUUCUUCCAUGUUAAAAAUGAAGAAGUGGAACUCUGGACCACUCAGGAGGGAGAGUGUCUUGUAGGGCCGGAGGAGGCUGAUCUCACCAAAUUGCCGCUGACUGUUGUUUCCGUGAAAACUGAAAACCAUGAAGACAAACCACAUGAAUCCUCACGUUGGUUGUGUCCUGCAGACGUCCAGCAGGUAAUUGGUUGUCAAGAAGAACGUCCCCCUCACCUGCAGGGGGGGUGUUCCACAUUGAAGAAGGAAGAUGGACAGCCUCCCCAUGUUAAAGAGGAAGAGGGGGAACUUUGGACCACUCAGAAUGCAGCGCGUCUUCUAGGGCCAGAGGAGGCUGAUCUCACCAAGUUGCCACUGACUGUUGUUUCUGUGAAGACUGAAGACCAUGAAGACAAAUCACCCGAGUGCUCACUGCUUCAUCACAGUCCAAGUGAGGAGAACAGAGGGGCGGAGCCUCCAAGCAGCAGCUCACCACAACACAUGACAACAGAAGCUGAUGGAGACCACUGUGGAGGAUCACAAGCAGACAACCUCUUAGCUCCGCUAUCAGAUAGUGAUGACACAACGUCACACUCUCCUGAAGACAGGAACAAUACACAAGAACCUUUGAGCAGCAAUUCAGAUUGUGAAGGUGAUAUGAGGAUUCAAACUGACACCAAACACUCUAAAUGCUCUAAAAAGAAGACACGUAAAAAAAAUUGGACCUGCUCAGUUUGUUCUAAAAGCUUUUCUUGUCGGGGUCAUUUGGCUCGACACAUGGUGACGCACACGGGAGAAAAACCAUUUAAUUGCUCAGUUUGUGCAAAAAGCUUUUCUCUUAAGGGUAGUUUGAAUCGACACAUGCUGAUGCACACAGGAGAAAAAACAAUUUUUUGUUCUGUUUGUGGACAAAGAUUUUUUCAAAAGGUACAGAUGGUAUCACACAUGAGAAAGCACACAGGAGAAAAACCCUUUAGUUGCUCAAUUUGUGCCAAAGGCUUUUCUCUUCAGUGUUAUUUGACUCGACACAUGGUGACUCACACAGGAGAAAAACCCUUUAGUUGUUCAGUUUGUGCCAAAAGCUUUUCCCUUAAGCCUUAUUUGACUCGACACAUGGUGACACACACAGGGGAAAAACCUUUUUGUUGUUCUGUUUGUGGUCAAAGAUUCUCCCUAGAGGAACAAAUGGUAUCACACAAGAGAAAGCAUACAGGAAAAAAAACCUUUAGUUGCUCAAUUUGUGGUAAAAUCUAUUAUAUCAGAAACAGUUUAGCUUAUCACAUGCGGAAACACACAGGAGAAAACCCUUUUGGCUGUUCUGUUUGUGGUCAAAGAUUCAAUCAAAAGUCGUUAAUGGUAUCACACAUGAGAAAGCACACAGGAGAAAAGCCCUUUAGUUGCUCAGUCUGUGGUAAAAACUACUCUUUCAGAAGCAGUUUGUCUCAUCACAUGAGGAAACACACAGAAGAAAAACCUUUUCUCUGUUCUGUUUGUGGUCAAAGAUUCACUCAAAUGUCAUUAAUGGUAUCACACAUGAGAAAGCACACAGGAGAAAAGCCUUUUAGUUGCUCAGUCUGUGGUAAAAACUAUUCUUUCAGAAACAGUUUGACUUAUCACAUGCAGAGACACAAAGAGAAAAAACCCUUCAGUUGCUCAGUUUGUAGUAAAAAAUUCUCUGUAAAGCAAGCACUUAUAUACCACGCUAAAAUUUGUCGAGGGUUGGGAUCAGCCAAAACAUAAUUGGAAGCUAAAAGGUCUUUCUGACAUUUAUUCAUACUCUAGAUAAAUAACACAAUCAGUGUCAAGUAUGUAUUGUUGUCUGAUCAUCCAGUAUGAGUUGUGAGCUGAAAUGUAAUUAAGUGUGUCAAAAUAUAAUGGGCCUGGGUUUUGUGCACAAUAACACAUGACACAAGAAGGGAAACCAUUCUUGAAAACAACGUAAACUGUAUGGACAUGUAAUGAUAAAUAAUGAUGUUAGAAUGAAACAUAUAUCACUUCGUAGAUGAUUGCAAAUGAUUAGAAGGAAUUGUAGGGGUAUUGUAAGCCAAGACAUUAAAGCGCAAAUGCCAGACUAUUAGUUGUUACGAAAGUGCAUGCAAUUAAGUGUAGUACGCAGUGGAGCAGAAACACUGCCAUGUUAGUAAGCAAGCGAGCUGGGCAGGGCUAAGCACACAACGGGGUACAAUGUAUUCGCUUCCUCUGAGUGGAGUGGAUAAUGUGUGUGCACUUUUAUGAACUGAAUCAAUGUUACUUGCUGAAUAGAGUGAAUAUAUAUAUAAAUAGGGUAAUGUUUGCAGCCCGACAUUCCUCAUGAGAACCAUCGGUAAUAAAUGUGUAAGAACACAUUGUACCGCACAAAUAUGACCUACAUGUAGAUGUCAAUAAAAAG